AGACCUUCAAAUUCCCAACGGAGGACUUAGUUACCUUCUUCACCUACUUAAGUUUAAUUAUCCUGAACCGAUGAGAAAUUCGAGUUUCAAAAAAUAAACAUGGAUUUUCAUUCUUUGAAGAGAAAGGAAUUGCAGGCUCUCUGCAAGAAACAUGGUUUACCUGCAAAUAAAACCAACAUUCAAAUGGCGGAUUCUUUGACUUUGACUCUAAAGGUAAACGAUAAACCCAUUUCUGGGGAAGAUAGGGAACUUGUAAAGAGGAAAAAGGAAGUCAGGUUCAGUCCUGAUGACGAAAUACGCGAAUAUGAACCAUCAGUGUAUAGAAUAGGAGGCAGAAGGACCAGGAGAACAAGCUUGGCUAAUCCCGAGUUAAAGGAAAUAGGAACGAGCAAUCCUUCUAAUAACGGUUCGGGAAAGAAGAGGGGCAGACCAAGUGAAAAAGUUGGAAAUGUAGGUCGAGUCACUCGGUCUCAAGCAAAGGUUAAUAAGGAGAUCUCUAAUUCUUUGAUUGAGAGUGAGUUAAAGAGGAUAGGGAGAAAUGGUCUGAAGCAGAAAUCUAAAGAGCCUCAUAGUGUUAGGAGAUCAAAAAGAAAUGUAGGCAACCUUGUAGAUGCAGAAUUUAUUGAAGUUGAAGUCGUGGGUAAGAUUAGACGGUCUCAAAGGCAGUCUGUAAAGAAUGAUCGUGUAAUUGGCGGUGAAAAUGAAUUUAUUGGCGUUAUGGACGAAUCUUCAAAGGGUUUAGGUAGAAAUGGUUCUAGGCGUAAAUCUUUUGCCUGCAUUAAUGAUAAGGUGGGAAAAGAUGGAGAAAAGGUGUUCACGGAGGACAGAAAGAGAUUGAGAAAUACAGAUUUGAAAGUAGCUAAUGAAGUUAAAGCUACUUUGCAAACUAGAGAAGAUAUUGAGAAGGCUUCUCUCCCUGCUGCUGGCCUACGGAGGUCGAGGCGCAAAACUGCAGUGUUGAACUCUUCUUCUGUCACUGUUGAAGAGAGGACAGGAAAAGUUGUUCUUGCUGGCAAAGUGAAGCAACUAAACAAAGAAGUUUCAGGAAGAGAAGCCUCUUUGACUAAUGAAGUUCGAAGGAGGUCUACUAGACGCAGUUCAGUAGCAAUCACUGAUAAAAUGAAUGAAGUUGCUGCUAGACUUGGGCGGCGGAAAAGAAAAUUUGAACAUGAAGCUAUUCACGAGACGGAAACGUCCAUGGUUUUGGAUAAACCCUUAGUUGGACAACCUCCUAGACUCUCUACACGAUUUGCUUCUGAAUCUGUUGAGAAGAAGCAAAAAUCCUCAUUAAAUAUGCCAAUUGUAAUAAAAGAAACUACAUUUAGUAAAACUUCACAAAGUGAAGAUUCUGGAUCGGUUAUGACAGAUGUCAAAAGCUUGGGGAAGAAAGGGGAAGCCAAAAGCAAAUCCACUGGAAAAAGUAAUAUUGCUCUGCAAUCUGACACUGGGGAACAGAUAGGUAUUGUAACAGAUUCUGAGCAAACUUUGUUUGCAAUUCCAAUCAAGUUGGCAAGUGCUUCUACAGAAGAAACAUCAACAGUUGCUAAUAAUAAUUUGGUUGUUUAUGAGAAGAACAUUGAUUUGAAGGAUGACAGAGGAAAAUCGAUCUCAAAUGAUUGUAUCGAUGGUGGUGCAGAUGAUCAAUCAUCUCGAACGUUUGAUAGCAGUGCAAAUUUAGUUGGUAAUAAUUCAGCUGAAAUUAAAUUUGCCAGAGUUCAAGAAAAAACUUGUGAUGUAGUUUUGCUAUUUGAUGGUUUCUUAAGUGCAAAUCCACCAGCUUUUGCAGGUGAAAGCUUCAAUUCCUUAGAAUCGGAGAAAGAGUCAGCAAUAGAGGAAAUAAUAAAGGGCAAGAAUGGGCACGAUGGAACUAACGGUAUCAUUAAUCACUCAACUGAAGUUGAUUGCGUCUCUAUUCAGGGAGAUGGAGUGCAUGACCUAAAUAGAACUGAACAGGAUAAUACAACGGAAGAAAUUGAGCAGAAAAUAGUUCAUGAUAACGGGAGUUCAUUACCAGCAGUCAGAACAGAUAUUGUUACAAAGAGCACAAAAGAUGUAUUCCUGGAAAGUGAUGGUGAUGUUUCUUCUACGGCAGUUGGAAAAAUACAUGGUCAAGGAGAUGGAGUCGAUACUCUCAAAAAGACUGAACACGAUGAUACAACAGAUAAACUUCAGUAUGAAGCGGUACCUUGUACUGGGAAAGCAAGCUUGUUUACUUCUGAGAACAGUGUUAUCCAAUUUGUUGAUGAAGAGGGAAAUGCCAGUGAUGCUGCUGAGCUACCAAGAACGAGUUUCGCAAAUGAACAUCAAUGUGGGAAAGCUACAUAUCUGUUUACACCAGAAGUGGAGGAUACCAACGAAUAUCAAAAUUUUUCUACUACCAGUGUUGAUUUAAAAUCCCUUCAUAUUGGAUGCACAACUUCAAAAGAUAACUGUGAACGUCAACAAGAUAUUGCAGAUGAGAAUACAGGAAUGGCUAAUUCAAAUUGUGAAGUUGAAAAGAAUGUUUUGGAAGAAGCACUAGUAGAUCAUUCACCUCAAUUUAAUCUAGAAGAAGUGCAAGAUAGAAAAGAGAGCAAUACUGCAAUAACAAAGAACUAUAAUGAUGAUGUCUUCUGUCAACAAGGUUUUGUAGAUUGCAUGGCUGGGAGAAAAGAAGUUAAUUUUGACAGUAAUGGUGGUCAACCAUUUUCAAUGGAAGCAUCCUCCGAACCAAUUAUUCAAGAACAGCCUUCUGAGAAAGAAUCAGCUGUAGAGGGGAAGUGGAGUAUUAAUUCUAUCAAAGAGGUUGUAAACAGAAGUGGUAAAGUUGUGGAAGGACAGUUGAAUGCAGAUCAGCGUGAAGAGGUUGUAAGAGAGGGAAAUGCAGAGUGUUCUUGGGUAACUAAGCUUUCAGACCAUGAUGGUAGUGAGGAAGUGGUUAGAAAGGUGAAUGGCAGUGUUGAUGAAAUUUUGUCUCAAACUACUUGUCAAGAAAAUGAAAUAUCUUCUGGAAAGAAUGUUGAAUUGAUUGCAAAGUCUUCCGUCAGCAUCAAAAGGAUUGACAGGAGGGAGGAGAAAGAAAAGUCAUGUGAAAAGAGAGAUUUAAAGGUUAUAACUUCUGAGUAUUUCAUUGUUGAGCACUUGGAAGAUAAGAGGGUUCCAGAAUCAUGUGAUGGUCUAUGUGAAAAUGAUGAAGUAGCUGAUGAAGAAACACGCACGGUGACAAUGAGCAUACAGGCGGCAAUAGAUGAGGUUGCGGGUGGUAUGCAAUCAAAUAGCACAGCAGUACCCGGUAAAACGGUUUCAAACUUUGGAGAUGAGUUAUUGAAUAUUAAAGAUUCUAGUCUGGUUGCUUUGGAUGAGCUUGCAUCUACUAAUUUUAGGAGCAUUGAUAAGACAUAUAGUGGGGCCGUGGACACGGAAAGUCAAUUUGAAGGCAAGGCAGUUUAUGUUGACAGUCUCAGAGAGAAAUACGUCAUGGAGUCUGGCACAGGUGAUUUUAUAGAUUUGAACGCGGAUGUCAAAGCUGCACAUACAAGGGUAAAUUUUGGAAGAAAAGAUGACAUUUUUGAAGUUAAGGACAUCAACAGUGAUGCUGAGAAGGAAUUUGAGAAUACUUUUUUCUCAUACCAAGUUACGUCCUUCAAGAUUCAAUCUGAAUCUGCCAUGUUCACUAAGCGGGAGUCCAAUUUGAUUCAAGGGAAUGGAGAACAACAAGGGAGAUUUGCAGAAUCUGAUGAGUAUACCUUGGAUGACAAUUCAGGAAGCAAGGAUUCCGAUCAGAUAAUGCAUGCAGAACAAGGUGUAGUUGAAAAAUCUGAAGGGGAAAACUUAGGAGCCAAGGAUUUUGAGCGUAAUGUGCCAGUAGAAGAUAUUACCAAUAUUGAGAAAGCUGGGAAAGUUGCUGAAAUGAAUUUUGUUGAGGUUUUCCGCUCUGUUACAGAUGAACCCAUAUUUGGGGAUAGGUUUAAUGAAGUAUGUUCUGCCAAGCAACAUUUUGUUUAUCUUCAGAAUCAUGGGGAUAAGAGGGUUGAUAAUUCUCUCUCUGCUGCACGUGAAGGGAUUUGUGAAGAUGCUCCUAAAGUUAAUGAUAAGAAAAAUGAUGAUUUAGACAAGUGCAUUGCAAAACGUUCUCCUGAUAACAAUAUUUCCUCUUCUGGUUUUCAAAGCAUCAGCGAAAAUGGUGCAUAUUCUGAAGAUAAAGAAGUUUGCACAGCAACCUGUGGAGAUAUUGAUAAACAAGAAGAUGUGCAAGUUAGAGAGGCUGCUUUGUCAGUUUUUUCGGAUGAUGCAUCACAUGAUUCCUAUUGUGGGAAAACUGAAAUUGCUUCAGGUGGUUUUAUUACACAGCAGAAUACAAAUGGAUCUUAUGAAGAGGUCAAGGAUCAAGUGAUGGAGGAUGGUGGAACUAUAAAUGGAGAAAAUGGCAGGAAUCAGAUGGCUUGUGAGGAUCUGCAUGAUCCUAUAGAUAGUUUGAGCCCAAGAAACAGUGUAGGAGAUCAUCAGGACGUCGCUAAGGAACAACUUAAUGUGCAUCAAGGCAUCAGUGAUAAUGGUGCAUAUGCAGAAGGCAGAAAAGUUUGCCCGGCAACCCCUGGAGAGUUUGACGAACUAGAAGAGGUAGGAACAGUUGGAGAAACUGCUUUAUCAGUUUUUUCAGAUGACACAUCACAUGAAACAGUGGGGUCCAUACUAUCAAGUUGCAGCAAGUGGGAAGGCAGCAGACCCGCAGAAAUUCUAUUAUUUGCUGAUAACUUUUGUGGUAAACCUGAAUUUGUAUCAGGUACUUCUUUUACACAGAAGAAUUCUCAAGCAUUUCAUGAGUUUGAGGAUCAAGAGCAUAAAGAAAUUUUAUUAACAGAGAAAAGUGGAACUCAGAUAGCUUGUGAAGAUCUAAAAUAUCCUGCAGAUGGUUCAAGCCUAGGAAAUAAAGUGAGAAAUCAUCAGGAGGCUGUGAAAGAUCAACUUAAUGUGCAUCAAGAUAUUGAAACAGCUUUAACGGAUGAUCAUGAUUCUGUAAUUCUAAACAAACUCUUACGUGAUAAUAAAAAUAUGAUCCACUCUGCAGAGGGUGGGGAAGCGCAUUGUUUGAACGAGCUUGAAGAUGAGCUUCCAUCUGUUACUGAUUCUAAGAAAGCUGCCAACUUUGAAAGCCCUGAUGCAAUUUCUCCAUUCAAAAAUGAGCCUGUUGUUGAUUCCAAGACUAUUUCUGCAGUUAGAGCUUCUUCUUAUAAGGAAAAUGAAGCCCUGGAGCUGAAUUUGUUUUUCGGGAUGGGAGAAGAAUAUGAUAUUGAAGAACCAAGAGAACAGGCAUCACAAGUCAAUUUGACAAGUGAGGAAGCUAGAGAGUCACCAGAAAAAAUAAUGAUUAUCGAUUCACCUGCUAAACAAGUUGCUGAAGACCAACAUGGUGAAUGUGAAGAUCAAAUAGAAGGCCAUUACCUUCCAAAUUCAGAUGAGGCUAAUUUUGACAAAGCUAAAGAGCCGCAGAUUCAGGCUAGUGUGUCUAACGUUUUUGAUGACAUGCAAGAUUUUAUCUUUUCUGGGUUUCAAGAAAAUAGAUCGGACAAGACCGAGUCAAAUGCCAAUUUCAUUGUUGAAAAUGAGGGAGAAGCAACAGAGUUGACAGAUGUUUUGCCAAAAACAUGUCAAACGGCACUGGACCAAUCUUCUGGGGUUUGUCAAGAAGAGCUCGAGGAUCAAAUGUUGAAGGAUCAAGAAAUUAUAGCAGGAGAAAAUGAUGGAGCUCUGAUAGCUUUUGAGAAUCUAAAUGAUUCUACAGAUGGUCGAAGCCUAGAUAACAAUGCAAGAAAUCACCAGGAGGAUGCUAAAGAGCAACUUAACGACUGUCAAGCUAGUGGAGCAGAUUUAAUGGAUGUUCAUGAUUGUUUAACUCUAAGAAAACUAUUUCCCAACUUUGAAGACCUAAACGCUAUUCCUACCAAAAAUGAGGCAGUGGCUGACUGCAAGAUUAUAUCUGCUUCUAGUGGUUCUCCCUUAAAUGAAAAUGAAGCCUUUGAAUAUGAGGAAAAGCAAAGUGAGCAGGCACCACAAAUCAAUUUGAUAAGUAAGGAUGCUGGAGUGUUGCCUGGAAAUGCAAUUUUUAUUGAAUCCUCUGCUACACAAGUCAUUGAAGAUAAACAAACUGAACCUGAGUAUCUAAUGGAAGUCAGUAACCUUGCAGAGAACAAUUUUGAACAGGACAAAGAUUUACAAGAAAAUGAACCUGUAGAGGUCAAGGAAAAUGCUUUUCAUGAUACUGUUUUAUUUGAGCAAACACUGGAUUGCGAUCCAAGCAAUUUAAAAGAAGAUCUGAUUGCUAAUCUUAUUGGUGAAAGUGAGGAAGAAAUGAAGUUGGUAAAGGAUGUCCCAGAAAUAGGUGAAACGAAAGUGGAUCAUCAAUCUGCAGUGCUAUCUUCUGGGGUUGGUCAAGACUUCACUGCUGGAGAUGGUAAAAGCUGCCAAGGCAUGUUUCAAUCAGCUAAAAAGGCAAGUCCAUUGAGGAACUUGACUGGCUUUAUUCAAGGAACACCCCAAAAGGUUUUUGACUCAUGUGCUAUUAACGAGAAUGCACUGAGCAUGAAGAAGGUCCAAGUUGGUAGUCUGACAGCCCCUAAGACCUUGAUAAAGAGGCGUCCUCUGGAGGAUAUUAGCAAGAAAUAGAAAUUAUUGUUCUUGCUCAUUGGAUAUUUUAUUUACUCUUUUAUUUGUGUUUCUUUUUGUCUUAAUAUCAGCAUAUCUCAUGCAUUAUUUGUAAAGAAAGGUAUGGAACAAGUUGAUCAACAUAUAUAGUUUCUAGUUGCUCAGAAACUAAUGUGAACGAAACCAUAGGACACUGAAGUUAAACGUUUUAUUUACCCAUAUAGCAUUUGAUUUGUCUAAGUUUAAGCAACUAGUGUAUGUGAUA